CAGCUUCGGUUGACAGGGUUAGCGUGGGUAAAUAAAGUUUUUACUACUAGGUAUCUAAUUUGCUUUUUAAGAGAAUAUUAUCUUGGGCCGUCCAUCUAAUGUUUUCUAUAUUUUUAGACCUAUCUUCCAGCUUGCCGGGACGAUAUUGCGUGCAUAUCAUUGCCCUCAGGAAAAGCAUAUUACGAAGCAGUACGUAUCGUUAUAAUAUUGUCAAGGUUGCUGAACAGUGUUGACACAAAAUUAACUGGUAUUCUCCUUUUUUUAAGGCCUUAAAAUUCCACCUCAGCACGGACAUGUCAGCCGACGAAGUACAUCAAACUGGUCUGGAUGAAGUCGAGAGAAUCCGUGGCCGAAUGCACGAGGUACUUUUAAAAUGCAAGUCUCCGGCUCAGAAACAGAUGUUGGGUCAAUGGAAGUUUACGAUUAUUGAGAUGAAUGAGACCUUUUCUCAAUAUUGCUAUACUUUUGUUUAGUCAGAUCCUAACUCGAUAACUGUGCAAUAAGUAGGCUAGCCACAUCAAAUAUACAUCCCCUGUGGGGGAAACCGCAGUACCGGCGCUCGCAGGAAAUGUUAAAUAGCUGCAGGAAAUUCAUUUGAAUGAAGAUUUGCUAUUGAAAAUUCGAAAGAAACCUUAACACCCAUGUCCCACUAUGGGCGCAACAACAUAUAUGGUUGACAGAUAAUAUUCCUUGAAUUUAAAACCAUGGUCAGCUAGAACACUAUAUGUUUAUGCACAUGUAGAUUUAGCACAAAAAUACUCCGUUGGUCUGCAGGAAAUUUUUGUCUCCAGGUUGUGCUCCCAGGAAGAAAAUUCUUUUUUCCUGCCCUGCGCAGUACCAAAAUGAAACCCACGACUUUCGGCAGAGCUUUGAGGUUUCUGUGAAGUCAAAAGAUACCUGACAAUGUUGUACGUGUAAAAGAUCUCUAAUCUUGCCUUGCCUUGAUAUCUUCUUCUGCACAGGUGAUGAAGGAAGUUGGUUUUGAAGGAACGUUGGAAGAAUUCAUGCAACAUUUGAAGGAUGACCCGCAGUUUUAUUUGGACAAGAAGGUAAGAUUUAGAACACGUCUAAAUGAAUGUUCAGACAGAUAUAUGUAUGGUAGAAAACAGAACAGAUAAUGAGACUAAAGGAUUAUGACUUUGAUGAUCUCUUUAGGAUGACUUUAUGGCCCUGUACAACAACACUUGCAAAGAAAUCGAUCAGUUGAUGCCAAAAUAUUUCAAAACUUUGCCAAAAAUGGAAUAUGUGUAAGUAUAACUAGGUGUAUUUCUUUAUUUCUUUUCAUUUGCAAUCUAUACUAUUAUUUUCGGAUUUUCUUUGUGUUUUUUUUUACUCUGUGUGUCGUAUCUUUGACAUCUUUGUUUGUCAUUUUGUGCUCGAUAUUAAUUGUCGUAUCUUUGUUUGUCAUUUUGUGCUCGAUAUUAAUUUCUGUCUGCUGAAAGAUAUUUCUUUCAAAAUCAUUGUUAUACGUCAUCUGACUAGAUUAGCCCCAUAUGCACGUUAUUUCAAAUGGCUACGCGCUUUAUUAUUUCUGUAAUAAUUUGUAAUUGUAAUUUUAGAUAUUAUUGACUAUUGAGUAUGUAUUUUUUUGAGUGUAAUAAAUAUUGUAUUGUAUAAGGUUUGGGUUUUUAUGUAAAGUAAUGAUUUUAAUGAGUUGAAGUGAGGGUGUUUGUCAUAUUCUGACUUAACUGAAUUAUAGGAAAGUACUUCACGGCUUAACAUCGAUAAGGGGGACAUUGUGAUGGGAAAUUAUAAGGGGAAAUUAUAAGGGGAAAUUGUGGUAAUACAACUGCGUGUAUUUCAGGAACCAAACCCCGAUAACAGAACGUACAUGCACUAGCCAGGAUUAUUUGUUUUUCAGGAUCAAAGAAAUGCCCCCGGAGAUGGCCGAGACUGCUCCUGGAGCUUUCUACAAUGCAGGCUCUUUGGAAGGCAGACCUGGCAUAUUUUAUAUCAAUACCCUCGGAUUCGAGAAGAAGUAAGCGUUAGAACUAAAUUUCGCAACAAAUGAAAGGUUAUAUUCGAAUGUCUCUUUCUCUCGUUCAUAUAUACAACGGAUUUUUAACUUCAAUCACUUUGUUGUUAAGGCCAACGUAUGACUGUCCUGCUUUGUGUCUUCAUGAAGCCGUCCCAGGACAUCACCACCAGGUACGCUUUGAUUCAAUGUCGUUGCUGGUAUAGACCGACCUCUUGGAGAGUAGCACCCUGCAACCACCAUCAUCUGUUCAUCAUCAUCACACCAGCACCAAGGCAAUCAUCAUCUUCCCCAUCAUCAUCACCAUCAUCACCAUCAUCAUCAUCAUCAAUCUAUAAUUAUAGGUCCACCGGGGCCUGUCUGUCUGUUUCUUUGUUCGACUGUCUGUUUGUUUGCCUGUCUAUUUGUCCGAUAUCCGUUUUCAAAAGCAAGAACUCCUUUUUCAAAUGCCAAAACUCUGUUUUCAAAUGCCAGAACUCCCUUUUCAAAUGCCAAAACUCCGUUUUAAAGGCAGAACUCCGUUUUCAAAAGCCAGAACUCCGUUUUCAAAUGCCAAAACUCCCUUUUCAAAUACCAAAACACCGUUUUCAAAUGCCAGAAUUCCGUUUUCAAAUGCCAGAAUUCCGUUUUCAAAUGCCAAAACGCCGUUUUCAAAUGCCAGAACUUCCUUUCCAAAUGCCAAAACACCGUUUUCAAAAGCCAGAAUUAAAACUCCGUUUUCAAAUGCCGGCCAGAACUCCGUUUUCAAAUGCCAGAAUUCCGUUUUCAAAUGCCAAAACACCGUUUUCAAACGCCAGAACUUUCUUUUUAAAUGCCAAAAUACCGUUUUCAAAUGCCAGAAUUCCUUUUUCAAAUGCCAGAACUCCGGGGUUUUUUUCCAGGUCCCCUGUCGCAAUUUGCAAGCUUCAAGCGAAGCGAGCAAGUUUGAACCACGCAGGGUAACUGAAAAUUGUUUUUGGCUACCUGCAAAAAACUAAAUAUACAGGCAUUAUCAUCAUCAUCAUAUCACCACAUCAUCUGUCCAUCAUCAUCACACCAGCACCAAGGCAACAUCACUUCGUCAUCAACAUCAUCACCAAGGCAACAUCACUUCGUCAUCAACAUCACCACCAAGGCAACAUCACUUCGUCAUCAACAUCACCACCAAGGCAACAUCAUCGUCACCACUAUCAUCACCAACAUCAUCACUCAUCACUAUCUUCACCGCCAUCAUCAUCACCAUCUUCAUCAUCACCACCAUAUGAUUUCAACCUUACUGAACAACCUUCGUGUAAGAUGAACCUUAGUCCAUCAGGAUUGUUGUUUUCUAAGCGUAUUCUUGUUUAUGAUUUAAUUUCUUCUGUUCUACCUUUAGGGCAGUCUUGGAAUAGAACAAACAAAUCUUCCCGCGUUCAGAAGAUAUGUUGAAGAUCGACAUUAUUAUGAAGUGCCGUCAAGAUUUGCUUUGUAUGGAGCUUAUAUGGAGGUUAGUCAAUGCCGAUAAAACUUAGAGCCAAGCCUGAUUUCAGGGCAUAGUUUCCCCACUCACAGACAACAAUGGCCGGUCGUACCACCGCGAAUAACGAUUUUUUAUACCAAUCUGAGAAAACCCAAAAAGCUGUGAAACCACGGGUAUGGUCUCGCAAUUAAUAAAAGAAAGUUUAAAUUAUAAAUGUUCAGUUUGAUCUGGGUUAUGCCAAAAACGGACUAUAUUAGAAAGCUAGAGAAAGUACCUAUCCGUGACCCAAGUUUAUUAUUAAUUUUUGCAUUCAAUUUUUGCAUUCAGGGUUGGGGCUUAUACUCAGAGUUUCUUGGAGAAGAAAUGAAAGUCUAUAAAACUCCUUACGAUCUGUAAGUUAUAAAAAUGUAUUAGUUACUACUUUAGCCUCUCAGAAGAAUUAAGGACUAAGGAUUCUCUUUAUUCCUUUAAUACUAAUUUUGCAAUGCCUGGCCGGUAAUCGUAUUAUAAUAUUAUUGUUAUAGUUUUAUUUAAAUAUGUAGUGUGUAUAUGUAGUGUAUAGUGUGUCUCUGAUGUAAAUAUGUUUCGUUAUUUUAUAUGAAUACCUACGCCCCCCUGGAAAUCAGCUUUCUGCUGUAGGGGUUAGCGUGGUGAAAUAAAGUUUUACCUACCUACCUAGUUCUUGCUAUGAUGCUUGUGAUCUUACUCUGAGUGUAUAUCCACACCCAGGGUGCAUUCCGUGUAAACUUCACGCCGAAGAUAAUCUGAGGUAGUGUUGUCGUGCGCCAAAUGAGGUCAACUUGUGCGCCGGCUGAUCGUGGGCACCGUGAUUUUUCAUUAAUAGUUAGUUUUUUAAAAAUUAAAACUUGCUAAAAAGGCAUGUAAUUGAUGAAUAAGAUGUUUUGCUGAUGAGCAAUGAUGAGUGUUGUUACUGUUCUGUUGUAUCACAAGUUAUAACCACCAUUUAGUAAUAUUACACUGACCAGGAACACAAAUUUCUCGAGUCCCUAUUGUUACAAGUAUUAUAGAGGCCAAUCCAAUCACCAGGCGAUUAUAAAUACUCAAAGUCUCGCUUAAACAUUUGAUGCUGCGCCAACCACCAAAACUCAAAAUUUGUGCGCCAACCUCGAUGUGAUUGUGCGCCAACAAUUCAAAACUCACGCCGAAGAUCUUCCACAAAACGUGCAUGGAAUGCACUCUGGAUCCACACCAGGCAAGCUUGAAAAAUAUGCCUGGCCACGGUGGAAUCGAACCUACGACCUUUGGAAUACUAUAGUCCAAUGCUUCUUGCUAUGUUGUUCAUGUCUUUGCAUGGUUACAAUGUUCUCAACAACAGAACGUUUGAUAUUUUUCCAGUAGUAGUUUAGAUUUAAUCAGCUACAAAUGAGUCGGUAUUACAAUAUACACAUAUAUUUAUAUCUCGCUGCAGGUUUGGCCGAUUUUCAGCCGAGAUUUUCCGUGCCUGUCGCUGUGUCGUGGACACUGGAAUGCACGUUAAAGGGUGAGUACCGAUGGAAUGUUUCAUUUUCUCUGGAAAUUAAAGGACAGUAUGGAAUAUGGAACGAAUAUGGAAUAUCUUUUAAGGUCGUACUAAAUCUUGAUAGGAUCUUUUAAAUCCCACCACGAUCUUAUAGGAUCUUGUAAGAUCUUAAGGCUAGUUUCCACUCAGGAAAAUUAUCCGUGGAUUGGAACGGACAAGAAAAUUUUUCUUUGCGUUAAAGUCAUUAGUUCCAACCCAGAGCUCACAAGACAAAGAAAAAUUUUCUUGUCCGUUCCAAUCCACGGAUAAUUUUCCUGAGUGGAAAUUAGCCUUUAAUAAGAUCGUAUAUGUUCUUACAUAAGAUCUUAUAGGAUCUUGUAAGAUCUUAAUAAGAUCGUAUAUAUUCUAUACAUAUUAAGAUCUUAUUGGAUCUUACAAGAUCCUAAACAGGGUCCUUGCAAGAUCUUACAGGGUCUUACAAGACUCUAUACAGAGCUUGAAAUAACAACCGAUCACCGAUCAAUGAUCGGCAAGGAAUUGCUUAUGAUCGGCGGAAAAGCAGGGUUUCGGUUUCCAACCUGAAAAAAUCAGGGAAAGUCACGACUGCCGAUCACCAUGAUCGGGAACUUUGGGAACGUUAUUUCAAGCCCUGCUAUAGGAUCUUGCAGUCGAUAUCCUAAUAGGACCCUUUAAGAUUCUGUUCCAAAUUUUUACAAGGAUCUCACGACAGUCAAAUCUCAACCUCUCUAAUCAUUUGCAAUUUUGAAUAUCUAGCUGGACUCGACAACAAGCAGUGGACUACAUUACCAAUAACGCAGGUCUGCCAGAUCGUGAGAUUCAAUCUGAAGUUGACCGUUACAUCACAUGGCCUGGUCAGGUUAGUUGAAGGGACUGAGUCUUAGCUAGAACGCCCUGUUGAUCGUGUUAUCGCAGCGUAGUCUAUAGCCUUGUUUACACUUACUAUCAAACUUUCUGUGAUCACAGUAGGAAUUUUGCACUGUACUUAAAAAACUCAUUAAUAAUAUAAAGUUUGUUCGUUCACUGCAACCAGGUAUAUCAAUCAUGUUUCGCUCGCUACUCUGGUUUAAAUAAAUGAUUACAUCAAUAAUUCAUGCGGAAAAUACAAAAGAAAUGAAUGUUUGAUCAAUGUUUGUAAAUCGGAUAAAGAUUUGUCCUGAUUUACGUAAACUUCAGCUUUGAUUUUCUCGGCUUAGACAAUGUUUGUUUUUAAAAUUACUUCGCCAAUGAACUCGCAUUCGCAUCCGAUCUUUAUCUGAUAUACAAACUCUCGCCUUCUGCUCGAGUUGUAUAUCAGAUAAAGAUCAGCUGCUCAUGUUUUAACUAGUACUUAUUAGGUAAAUUCUAAGAAGUUUUCUAAGAAGAUUUGUAAGAAGUUUUCGGGGAACUGAUUUAAUGUUAAACACACCAAGUUAUUUCCUCAAACAUUUCUUACAAAUCCUUCAAAACUUAAAAUUUACCUAAUGCAAAAUUCCUACUGUGAUCACAGAAACUUUGAUAGUGUAAACCAACCCCAGUCUGUCCCCAGAUGCCCAAAAUCUGAUAUUUACCCAAUCAUGUACCUUACUCAGGCUUGCAGUUACAAGAUUGGAGAAAUCAAGAUCAAAGAACUUCGGAAAAAAGCCGAAACGGAACUCGGUAGGUACAUACCGUAGUCGGGGGCGGAGGUUCGUUAGGCGACGGGACGUUUGCCCAUAAUCACUUGCUAUAAACCACCUCAUUUCAAUAACCACAUUUCAAGCGAAAAUAACAACCUCAUUUCAUGAUCGAUAUCAAUGACCACAUUUCAACGUCUUUUCAAUUGAGUUCUUGUUUUCGCUAGUUAAACGCGAUGUUUAGUAGCCUCCGUAAUGCAGACGGGGUUUCGGGAUAUUAAAACAGGACAUGGAAAUGACGGUUCUCUUAAAGUGUGUAAGGGAAGCACUCAACAUGGGCGUCAAAAAAUUUACAAAGAAUCGAAACGUAGGUUGUCCGGACAAAUCACCGGAAGUCCUCAAAUCCAUACUAUAGUCAUUUUUUGGUUUUUGAAUUGCUGUAUCUUGAUCAGUAUUGACCCGAUUAACAGUCAGACUUUGAGAUUUUAUAAAGGUCGAUGUGCUCUUACUUAUUCUGUGGAUUUCUAGAAUAAUUUUAGUGUCCCAUUAAUAAUUGACUGUGUGUAAGUCUGGGACUCAUCUAAAAUAUUGCAUUUGGGACAACCCUGUAUUGUGUAUAUUAUCUAAGAUAAUAUAUUUAUCUAGGUGACAAGUUUGACUUGAAGGAGUUUCAUGAUGCUGUUUUGCUGGAGAGCGCAGUACCUAUGUCCAUCUUGGAGAAGCUCGUUGAUCAGUAUAUAAACAGCCACAAGUAGAAUCAUUGAAAAUGUUUCAUUUCUACAUAUAUUUACAUGCGUAUAAUAAUUAUUAGUCACGUCAUAGAGCAUGUAUAACACUACAUAGUACAUUAUUUUACUCGAAGAAACUUCCAUAGUAUAGAUCAAUCUAUACAGUAAGACGGAAACAAUUAUAUUUUAGUGGUAGCAAACAAACACAUUGUGCACUCCGUCAAUAAAUAAUUUUCUAAAUACAUAAAAAUUCUUAUUUCAUAAAAAUCCUUUUCACUCUCAAUUAAAAGUGUUGGUAUUUCUUAUAUCAGAAAUUUAAAAAACAAACCAUUCAACUAAAAAGACCUUAUCCUUACUGAAUUUUUUAACAACCCACCCACCCACCCACCAACAAGUACUUUUUUAGUAGCCGACAAUUAAACACUAGCCUGUGGAGCAUGGAUGAUUAUAUAGAGAAUAAUACAUAGGUGCGCGGAAAUACCAGAUUUAUUUCGAGUGUUACGAGAAAUAAAUCUGGUAUUUCCAAGCACCCAUGUAUUUUUCUGUUUAUUAUAUAAAGGACAGUCUUUGAAAAGCGAUAAUUUUUACAGAAAAGCGAUAAUUUUCACAUGUGAGAUUAUCAUGAAUAAUCUCGCAUGUGAGAUUAUCACUUUUAUCAGUGCUCGAAAUCUCUAUAAAGCACUGUACUUUAUAUAAUAAAACUGAUUAAGCCCCAGUCGAACGUGAUGCGAGUUGGCAGUCACUUGUCAAGGCCAAGUCAGAAUUGUUAAGGCCAAUUUAGAUCACACAACUUUUGCCUAAAACUGUCGCAUGUAACCUGCUUACAACUUGAGUUGUACUGUGUAAAUCAAGUACACAACUCACUUACGUUGUCGUAAGUGAGUUAUGCUUGAUUUACACAGUACAACUCAAGUUGUAAGCAGGUUACAUACGACAGUUUUAGGUCGAAAGUUGUGCAGUCUGAAUCGGCCUUUGCGCAGGACAUUUCAAGCUCUAGAUUUUAAAACAAAAUAAAGGUUUGACGAGUGUUCCAAUUUUGUUGGGUAAAGACCUAUCUAAAAUGAUCAUGUUUUGUGAUUGGCUUUCAGAAACAAAUCAGAAACAAAAAUCUUUAGAAAGACGAUUUCUAUAGUUUUAUUGUCUUUCAUUGUUAUAAUCAACCAACCACGAGCCUGGAUAGUAUAGGUAGAUGAUGACCCAUUUUGUUUCAACUUAAAUAGAAUACAUGAGUCAUGAUAGUGUUGGGAAAGCAUGACUGGCCAACUCAUACUCGCUUGAUCCAGACUUUAGUUUGUAACGUAGCGUUUCCUGAGAUCUUUUUUGAGUUGAAUGGAACACUAAACUAAUUUUUAUCUAGAUUCAGUUUUAUCGGUUCUAAACCUUUCCAUGUAGACGUUUAUAGUAAGGGUUCUCCCUUGUCGACCAUUGUCAUUGGAAGAAGAAGCUACGGGAGCCCUGUGGAGAUGUCUGCGGUGGAGGCGAAGAAGAAUUCAGGGAAAACCCGGGGACACUAUUCUUGCAUACUACCGACGCUAGGUCACAGAGGUGAAGAUGCAUGCAGUCAUAACAUAUUACAAAGCUUUAAAAAACACCCUCAUGAAACACCCUCUUUGUUCUGUAGCGUAAUGUCAAAGUAAUCCUCGCACUGAUCUGAGCCAUAUAUCCUAAAUGUAGGCAUAGUAUCUUGAGUGCUCUGUGAUCGAGGCAUCUGGUUCGCCAGUAUCAUUAGCUUUCUUAUGUGGUUCGUCCGUGACUGGGUCUAACAAGGCGAAAUCUAAUUCCUCAUUUCUCGUGUUCGAUAGCUCCACAGUCCAGAAUGGAGUCGAUGGUUUGCGUUUGGAGCGAAGACAAUAGCAACCAACUGCGAUAGCUAUGGCAAGGAUGAUUACCACACCAACACAGGUCACCACAAUAACCACGGUAUCCGAACUAUUGUCUGUAAGUAAAUUAUUGAAUGGUUAAGUUUUCGAUAUAUGCUGUAUCAGUUCUAAAGCCUGGUUCACAUAU